AUGUCUCCGCCCUUCACCCCGGAUAGCGAAUUCGCUGCCCUCGAGACCCCUCGCGCUCCUAAUGGAACCAUCUCCAUCACCGCUCUAGCUCGCUUUGAAUUCGAGGCUGGAAAAGCCAACGAAGGCACCAAGAUUCUCAUGAUCGAAUGGGAAGACGACGACUUGGGCCGUACCUCCGCCGACGGGAACGGAUCCUGGCACGUCUCAUGGGAAGGCAAGAAUGCCGUCCUCCCCGCCGACGAACAAACCAACGAUCACACCCGUCGCGUCUACUUCCUCUUACCGCCCAAUGUGACGAUCCCUCCAGUGGUCACACUUGCCUACGAGCCCGCAUCGGACGAAUCGUCCCGACACCAUGACACGCUGCAGUUGAACCCCCUCCCGGCGAUAUUCCCGCCUGGACUCGGCGCUGACGGCCGCUCGGCGGGAAAGAGGGGCGUGUUGCAUACAAUCUGGGCGAAGAAGCGCCUGCAGGUGCUGGAGAACGAGAUCCGCGACGAAUGUCAAAAUAAUGUCGAGGGGAUCGCGUUGCAGAUGGCGUUGCAGGAGAAGGAAUGGAUCGAGAUGAACUUCGGGGUCGGUAUCCAUGUUGCCGACCCGCUGAGGAACGGGAAUCGUCUGAAUACUGCCCGCGAAGCGUCGUACCCGAUGGGUCCGACAACACCAGUGUCCCCUAGCACGGGGGGGAAACUGACCGAGAAGCUCAAGGGACUGAAGUUGCAGACCGGUGGACGGGACUUAGGUUUAUCUACGGAGGGACAAUCCAGCUCUGAACACCUUCUCUCUCCCCAAUCACCUGACAUCGCCAUCUCCUCGUUCAACGCCUUCAAUAUGAUCCAGCAGACCGAAGCCUCCGUUCCGGUAUCUGGGGCCGCGGAGCCGGUCAAAACCGUAGCGCAUUACCCGCCCGAGUCGCUGCAGGCGCAGCAGAGUAUCCGGGACGGGAGCAGCGGGUUCGUGCCCAUGGGGAAGACGAUCGUGCGCACGUCGAGUGUGGACUCGGGGGAGGAGCUCUUCGCCAAGGCGUUGAGUCCACGGACACCGGAUCUUCCUCGGAGUCCGUUUUCUUUUGCGCCGGAGACAUUGCGGAUGUAA